UCUUCAACCUCGAGCACUUCAUCAUCUCAUCACAAUUCACAAGAACAAUCCAACUGUACUCCACGCCCUUUGUAUUCAUGGCCAUCCAUUGCCAUCAUUAACAGUCAACUACAAAACCUCUACACAGUCGAUUAGGGUUUUCCCCAAAUCCGCCACUUUCCCCCAAUCCGAUCGAUCCACGAUGUCGACAACAAUACCAUCUAAUUCCCCCUCUUCUUCAUCCGAAUCCAACACCACCAACAUCGAUGCAACUCCAUUACUCUCCACAACCUCCGCCAUUUCCGACCAAAUCUUCCUUACUCGACAAUUCGUCAGAGGCCCACCUUCCCUCCGUGGCGCCGCGAGGUUUCUCCGUCGUGCCAGCAGUCGGAGAAUGCUCCGUGAACCGUCAAUGCGAGUGAGGGAAUCAGCCGCAGAGCAAAUUGAGGAACGGCAGAGUGAUUGGGCGUAUUCUCGCCCAAUUGUUAUCUUAGACCUAAUUUGGAACCUUGCGUUUGUUACUGUUUCAGUUGCGGUUUUGGUUAUGAGUUUGAAGGAGUCUCCGGUGAUGCCAUUGAGGGUUUGGAUUGUUGGGUAUGCGUUGCAGUGUCUGCUCCAUAUGGUCUGUGUGUAUGUUGAGUAUAAACAUCGGUACCAACAACGUUCGUUUGAAGCUAGUAAUGGCAAUUCCAGUUCUGCAACUUCUGGAAAUGAAGGUCAGGAGAAUGUUGAUUUUGCUUCGAGUAGGUUGCAGAAUGAUGAUGAGACUAGUGUUGCGAAGCAUCUGGAGUCUGCUAAUACAAUGUUUUCAUUUAUUUGGUGGAUUAUUGGAUUCUAUUGGGUGUCAGCAGGUGGUCAAAGUCUGAGUUCUGAGUCACCUCAGUUAUACUGGCUUUGUAUAACGUUUUUGGCAUUUGAUGUGUUUUUUGUGGUUAUUUGUGUUGCUGUGGCAUGUCUUGUUGGCAUUGCUGUUUGCUGCUGUUUACCUUGUAUUAUUGCAAUUUUGUAUGCCGUUGCUGAUCAGGAGGGUGCAACUAAGGAUGAUAUUGAUCGUUUGCCUAAAUACAAGUUCAAAAGAAUUGGUAAUUUUGAAAAACAAAAUGAGGAAAUUGAAGAAGCUUUUGGUGGAUUGAUGAUUGAAUGUGAUACCGAUUCACCCAUUGAACAUGUUCUACCUCGUGAAGAUGCUGAAUGUUGCAUUUGUCUCUCUGCUUAUGAUGAUGGAACCGAUAUUCGUGAGCUCCCAUGUUGUCACCAUUUUCAUGCACUUUGCAUCGACAAAUGGCUUUACAUUAAUGCAACAUGUCCGCUAUGCAAAUUCAACAUAUUAAAAAAUGCUACUCAAGGAAAUGAUGUAUGAUAAAUUUAUCCUAACGUAUAAUAAUUAUGAGAUUAUUGUGUAUUGUUGUUGAGGUUGAGAGAUUAGUUUUUGAUUUUAUGUGUAAAAAAAAGGCGCCAGAUGUAAAGUUGUAGAGUUUCUAUGAUUUGUAUUUUGUAGCCUAUGUAAAUUGCUUGUGAAGUUGUGUUUGUAUCCAAGUCUACUUUGUGCAU